UGGAAGAAUACGAUUGGCUAGAAUCCCAAUAAAAUUCACUCCACUUUUAUUUUCCACUUCGCAGGUGGUGUGAGAGACAAACGUCUCGGAAUUUUUAACAUCUAGCGGUGUGAGGUUCUCAGUGGCCAAGUUUGGCAGGUGACAUAACCCUGUAUGAUGGAAGAAGUUAAAAAGCGUAUUGUGGAGCUGGAAGAAGCCAUCCAACACCUUGACUUUGUUAAACGUCAUCUUAACCAGAAUGCAUCUGAGAUCAAGUCUGAGAUCCACACCUCCAUCAGCCGUCACUUGGAGUCAAUGCGCAACCGUGAGGUGUGGUUGCUGGGCCAGGUGGACACCGUGGUGGGUGUGAAGGAAGAGGUGUUGCAUCGCCAGCAAGCACGUCUCAACAAGGCUUUGGGCAUCUUGCAUUCCAGCCUGGCUCAUGCCACUUUAUCUGACACAGAAACUGCCACACAACAUUUAACACAGGCACUGCAAGAGCUGGAAUCCCUGGAACUGAAGGCUGAAGAGACACCUCAUAUUGCUUUCCGUGCUAAUCAUGUAUCCUUGAGAGAAUCCAUCCUCAGCUAUGGUAGAGUUGACUCCAAGGGGCUGCCACUGCAGUCUGCAUUUGCUGAUGCUGACAAACCCUCCGCUUCCCUGCCACGCCAUCUGGAGGAAUAUGAGGAUACAGAGCACCAUGUUUUUUACAAGACACUUCAAGACACAAGGGCUGAAAAUGCUGCCAGUACUAGUAUCACUGUGUGCAUGCCAAAGUUUUCUACUCGGGUGGAAGAUUGGCUGCAGCGGCCUAUGCUUAAGCUGUCUCUAGGUGAAAGCGAGAUGCCUGUUGGACAUACAGCAGACAUCAGUGAAGUAGGUAAAGCUGGAUCACCUUCAGCAAGGACCACCUGCUCCAUCCAGAACUGGCUUUCUCAAAUAAAGCACAAUCCUGACUUGGAGGAGGAAGAUGAUUUUGAAAUAGUUGACCAUUCCAGUGGUCAAAGAGAUUCGUCAUUCCAAGAGACCCCUGAGGAGGAGGAAAAGCCCCUAGCAGAAGACUCUCAAUAUUUUAGCCAUAUCUCCCAUGACUUGUGCCAGUGGCUGCAUAAGGGAAGCAAGACCAGUCCUGAGGAAGAAGACCUGCAUGCUUUCUUCCGUCACAUUCCCCAGGACACUGGUAUGUGGCUGGCAAAAGCCUGUCGACAGCUUGAUAGUCUGGAAGAAUUAAAGACAGGCACAUGGUUUCGCCAUAUUCCAAAUGACAUUAACUCGUGGCUGCGCAGAGUGCAUGACAAGCGUACAAGCACAGCCCAACCUGUAGCGUCUAACAUUUUUGCUCACAUCUCCCAUGACAAGAAUGUCUGGCUACUUCAUAAAGAAGAGAUAGCAAAUGAGAUCCCAGAAAAAGCUGUCUCUGUACCAGAAGAAUUGGUUCCUGACCUUGAGAAAGACAUUUCCAAACCGUUGCCAACAGAUUCUGAAAUAUGGCUAAAUCAUGACAGCCGUUUUGCACCAAUCACAAGUGGAACACUUGGCCAGGCUGUUCUACCAGGGCUGCAGAAGUUUUGGAUAAAAAAUUUGAAAUUAACACCUGGCUCACUAAACCUGCAGAAGAGGUGCAGCAGCCAGUUAUUGAAAUGGCUGACUGGUUCCCUCAUAUCUCGCGAGAUGCAGGUGACUGGCUAAGUUCCGGACAUCUCCAAGACUCUGGUUCUGUCACCAGUCUCAGAGACUCUGGCUCUGUCACCAGUCUUAGAGACUCUGGCUCUGUCACCAAUCUGAGCUUCAAGGUUGCAAAGUGUACAGGAUAUCCACGUUUCCAGUUACGACUUGACACAAGCAGCUCUGCAGAAUAUCAAGCAAGCAUCACAUCUCCCAUUGACAGCCUUCUCCGCAGCCAAAGUCACAUGACUGACAGUGACUGGCUUUGUCCCUCAGGCCAAGAUAGAGGCAGUAAGCUACAAGGCUCAUGGUCAACAUCUUCCAACUGCAGCAGACCCUCUUCCAGCCAGUGGCUUUUUACCAGCACACAAGCACCACCUUGCAAUAUCAGCGAUUGGCUGUAUCAAAAACAUCUGUAAUGGUUUUUCCUCGUAGCUUAUUUGGGAAGAAACAAGCAAGAAAUAUCACUUGCCCAUCAAGAUAUCUGAUAUUUGAAACAUAUUAAGGUUGAAAAGAAAUACAUUUUUGCAGCUUUUUAAUUUUUUAUUUUAAAAGUUAUAGGUAAAUAUCUGCAAAAUUGUACAAAACUUUUAAGGUUUAUUAUUAGCACUGACCUAGUGAACACACGUUUUUUCAGUGUGUACCACAGUCUAACAAUAGAAACCUUACAGUUUGAAAAUAAUUCAUGUAUCUAAUAUGUUAAAGAACAUGCAUAAAAUUGUAAGUGUUGAAAUUGACCAUUAGAAGGAUUGUUCAUGGAUAUUUUUAUUUGGGGGGGAGGGGGAGGAGAGCCAAAACUAAUGUCCUGUCAAAGGAGUCUUCCAUUUAUGAGAUGUUUAUAGCAAAAGGACUAUUAACAGUGAAAGUGUGAAAACUUUUUUUCUGGCACCCUAAGAAUGAGUACAGGUGUUGAUGGAAAUAGUCAUCAGGUGUGUGAUAAAGACUUGAAGGCCAAGCUUGUUGUUGAAAGAAUGGUUCAGCCCGAGGGAAAGAGGUAAGAAGCACAGCAGUGCUGGUGCACCUCAUGGUCGUUCUUCACCAGUUGCUUCUAUCUGGGUUGAGAGGUACCCUUGCUGGCGGAGGGGAAGUCCCCAAUACAGUGAGAAUUAGCUGUGGGUUUAGAUCUUUUCUUUGGCAUGCUGUUUUUUCUCUGCUUGUGAGCAGGGCUGGCUGCUUUAUAUAUAUAUAUGCGUGUGAUAGAACCUUAGUUGUGGCUGGAUGUGAAACACCAAUCCUCCCACCCCUUUCUUCUGCCUGAUUGAAUCCAUUCUUUCCUGCUGAACAUUAAAACUUUGGGUCUUUAAACAGCUUCUGUUUUCUGGUAAAGUGCAAGGAUAAAAUCUCAAAGAUGUUUAUUUAAAAAAUGCUUGAAAUGCUUUUUGAACAUUUUAUAGCAAUUAAUCAUUGACAUGAAAAUGGUUCAAGCUGUGAAGUGCAUGCCUGUAAUGGUCAAAAUGAUAUUGUGCAAUUGGAAAUGACAGUAGUUUAUAGGAAAUAAUUGUACAUAGUCUCUUGACACAUUGGUGCCCUAUUGAUGAAUUAUUUUUUCUGGACAAAGUUGAUAAAUGGCAGUAAAAUAAGAUCAUGGGCUGCACAGGAGUAAAAAUAGGAACUAUCCUAAUUGUUUUUUUGAAAGUGUAUCAGGAUGUAUGUUCAUAAUAUCCCCUUUGAAAUAAAACAUUUUGAUUUUUGGAAAA